ACGGUCGCCCGUGUUGUUGUUUUCGUAUGAGCGCGCGGACUGCAGAGUGUAGUCGUGGAGUUUUUUCAGAGCACAUCAUUCAGGAGCGGGAUUGUAGAGAGAAGCAAUUACGUAGUGUUGAUGCACGACCUGCAAAAAUGUCUGAUGUAAAUAACGAUGCCUUGAAGUUCUCGCCUGUUAGUCCAGAAACGAAGGUUACUGUUGUUUUGGGAGCCCAAUGGGGAGAUGAAGGUAAAGGCAAGGUAGUCGACAUGCUAGCAACUGAAUCGGAUGUAGUCUGCAGGUGUCAGGGUGGCAACAAUGCUGGUCAUACUGUUGUGGUUGAGGACACAGAGUAUGACUUCCACAUCCUUCCAUCAGGCAUCAUAAAUGCUUCUGCCAUGUCCCUGAUUGGUAAUGGAGUUGUGGUUCAUUUGGGCCAGCUUUUUGAAGAGCUUGCCAAAAAUGAAGCUAAAGGCCUGAAAGGCUGGGAGAACAGACUCAUCAUUUCUGACAGAGCCCACAUAGUGUUUGACUUCCACCAGAGUGUUGAUGGACUGCAAGAGUCAGAGCGAUCAAAGACGUCUGUAUCCCUGGGUACUACCAAGAAAGGCAUUGGUCCAUGCUAUGCCAGCAAGGCUUCACGACAAGGGCUCAGAAUGGCAGACCUUCUUGCCCUCGACCAGAGCAGUUUUGAGACGAGAUUCCGUAGCAUUGUAGCCAGUCAUCAGAACAUGUUUCCUGAACUGAAAGUUGACGUGGAAGCAGAACUGCAGCGGUACAAAGAAUUUGCUGAGAAGCUAAGACCUUUGGUUGGUAAUACAAUAGCUUACAUCCACAAAGCCGUUCGUAGCAACAAAAGAGUUCUGGUUGAAGGCGCCAAUGCGGCAAUGUUGGACAUUGACUUUGGAACUUAUCCCUAUGUGACCUCGAGCAACUGCAGCGUUGGUGGAGCUUGCACUGGUCUUGGUAUCCCUCCUUCCUUCAUUGGCGAAGUGUAUGGCGUUGUGAAGGCUUACACAACUCGCGUUGGGGUUGGACCGUUUCCUACGGAACAGAUAAAUGAGAUUGGAGAAACACUACAGGUGCAAGGAGGAGAAGUUGGAGUUACCACAGGAAGACCAAGACGCUGUGGCUGGCUAGACAUGAUGUUGCUGGCCCACACUAACAUGAUCAAUGGAUACUCUGCCAUCGCUCUCACCAAACUUGACAUUCUGGACCAAUUUGAAGAAAUAAAGAUCGGCGUUCGCUACCUCAAGAAUGGCGAAGUGAUGGAAUACUUCCCAGCUGACAUGAGCCUCUUGGAGGACAUCACUGUUGAGUACCUGACGCUGCCAGGCUGGCGCCAAGACACGUCCCAGUGCCGCGUGUACGCAGAGCUCCCUGAGAGGGCGCGUCAGUAUGUGCAGCACAUCGAGCGUCUCCUCUCAGUGCCUGUGAAGUGGAUCGGCGUUGGCAAGAGCAGGUCGUCCAUGAUCACCGUCUUCUAGGAUCGGUCAGAUCCUAGCAGACCGACCGACAUUGACUGCUGAUGAUCACAGUUUUCUAGGAUCGGUCAAAUCCCUACAGACCGACAUUGUCUGCUGAUUGGUCCUUCUUUUUCGUUAAUUAAGCCUUUACAUUUUAAAUCAUUCUGCAAUUCUCUUCCUUUGUCUAACCUUUGCAAUUCUGCAAUUAUUUGAUCAUAUUUUCUUUUCUUUUUUAAUUCUAUACGAUUGAACUUCGAUCGUGAAUCUGAUAAAUAAAGAUUGUGAUAUUUUAAUAAUAGUCACUCUGUUGCAGCGACCUCUCGUUGUUCUUCAAUUCUUUUCACUGAGUUUUGGUGUCAUUGGUAUACGACUAUGCGUAAUUACCAUUCUGACUUGAUGUACUACAAUUACUUGGAGUUUAUUGCA